UCAUGAACUCCAAAGACUCUUUCCAUGCAACUCCCUUCUCUCUUUCUCUUCCUACAAAUCCCCAAGACUUCUCUCCAUCUUCUACCCUAAUUCUGGUUGCAAAGCUGCGAUCUUUAAUGGUUUUGAAGCCCGGAGAUGAAGUUCUGCAAGAGAUACGAGGAGUACAUGCAGGGGACCGAUGAGGAUCUCCCCGGUGUUGGGCUGAAAAAGCUCAAGAAGAUGCUCAAGAGAUGCCGCACUGAUUUCAGAGCUCAUGAGGAGCAUCAAGGUGAUGAUGGAGUCCGUGAUGAGACCCGGGAUUUGAUUCCGAUUGCUAGGUGUCAGGGCCAUUGUCAAGUAUGUGAUGGCACUUUCUUUCCAUCUCUCCUCAAGGAGAUGUCAGUUGUUGUUGGCUGCUUCAAUAAAAGAGCUCAGAAAUUGGUGGAAUUGCACUUAGCUUCUGGCUUUCAGAAAUACUUCAAAUGGUUUGGGAAUAAAUCGAGACGAGAUCACGGGAUGUUGAUGCAACAAGGGAAGGACCUUGUUACAUAUGCCAUCAUUAAUGCCAUUGCCAUGAGGAAAAUACUGAAGAAGUAUGACAAGAUUCAUUACUCUAAGCAAGGCCAAGAAUUUCGAUCAAAAGCGCAGAGUAUGCACAUUGAGAUCCUUCAGUCUCCAUGGUUGUGUGAGCUAAUGGCCUUCUACAUUAAUUUAAGAGCAAGCAAGAAGAUCAACAAUGUAGCUCUUCCCGGGCUGUUCGGCGAUUGUUCUCUUAAAUUCAAUGAUGAAAAGCCAAUUCUCUCUUGCGGCCUAUUUGAUUCUGUGAAGCUUGACACUGAUUUAACUUGUGCUAUCUGUUUGGACACAGUGUUUGAUCCUGUAUCUCUCACAUGUGGUCACAUUUUCUGCUACAUGUGCUGUUGCUCUGCUGCCUCUGUGACAAUCAUCGAUGGGUUAAAGGCUGCUAAUCCGAAAGCAAAGUGCCCCUUAUGUCGAGAGGCAGGAGUAUAUGAGGGCUCUGUGCACUUGGAUGAGUUAAACAUCUUGUUAAGCCGAAGUUGCCCCGAAUACUGGGAAGAAAGGAUUCAGACCGAGCGAGUUGAGCGGGUUCUUCAGGCCAAGAAGCAUUGGGAAUCUCAGUGCCGAUCUUUCAUGGGUAUCUAAGUUCUUCGCGUAUAUACAGUUUGUCUACUUUAAGUCAUUUAUCUAUUUUAGAUCUUUAUAUUCUCAUUUAAGUAAUGGUGAAUAAAGUUGUUGUGAUGUUGUUAUGUAAAUUUCGGUCAUAGUUUUGUGUAGUUUUGUCGAAGUUAUCGGUUUUUGUGAUUCAUUGCGAUGAAGAUCUCAGUUUGAGAUCAAACUUAAUUGAAUGUUAUGUACAGUUAAAAUUGCUGGUUUCUCUGUUCUAACAUUGUUGAAUGUUGUCUUCUGUCUGGGAUUCA